AUGCUAGAGAAGGCCGGCAUACCCUACGUUUUGUUGGAAUCCUACGACGAGAUCGCUCCUCAGGUUGGGGCAAGUAUUGGUCUUCAAUCCAGCGGGCUUCGAAUCCUUGAUCAACUUGAUUGCGCCGAUGAGCUUAUGUCGUUAGUUGACAUUCCACUGAACAAUACCUACAUACGAUACCCCGAUGGUUCAGUGAACAGGCAUCAUAGCAAUGUCCAAGAUCAUUUGAUCGAGAGACACGGUUAUCCCACUAUCUUCAUCGACAGGCAGAUGCUGAUGCAGGUUCUGUACAACAAGCUCAAGUCAAAAGCCUCAGUACACCCUGGUCAGAAGGUAGUUUCAGUUUUCGAGCUAGAUAACGGCAUUCAAGUCACAACAGACAAAGGCAAGGUUGUCAAAGGAGAUAUUCUCGUCGGGGCCGAUGGGAUCUACAGCAACGUCCGAAAGGAAAUGUGGCGCAUAGCAUCGCCAGGAUACUUUCCUUCUGACGAGUGGUCAAGAGUACCGUGCUAUUACAAGUGUAUCUUUGGCAUCUCACGGCCUAUUGGGGAGCUUACGCAAGGCAGUCACUACGUCUACAACGACAACUUUUCGUACCUAGUUUUAGUUGGACCUGGGGGGAAGUUUUACUGGUUCCUGUUUAUCAAAUUGCCUGUUACUUUGUACGGCAAUGAUAUCCCGAGGUAUACGAAGGUUGAUGAAGAAAGAUUGGCGGCAGAGCAUGCAUACGACCAGAUCACUCCCGAUGUCACCUUUGGCCAGUUAUACGAAGCCAGAACUAGCUCUGCUUUGACGCCGCUCCAUGAGCAUGUAUUCGAGAAGUGGCACUACAAACGUAUCAUCACCAUCGGCGAUGCUGCUCACAAGUUUGAACCUCUAACUGGCCAAGGCGGUAACUCUGCCAUUGAGACUGCCGCAUCUCUCGUCAAUCAUUUAACAUUGGACGAGUGUUCAGACUGGACCAAUACACAAAUCGAAGCCGCCUUUUCCGCCGUUCAAGAAGAGCGUUUCCAAAGGGUGCAAUGGCUCGUCAAUGAUGCGCACAAAACGCAGAAAAUGCAGACUAUGGAAACACCCCUCUUAGCAACUAUUGGUCCAAUCUUGGCUCCUCUAUCAAGCACACAAACUCUACUUCAACUGAUCGCUCGCAAAGUCGUUGGCGCAACACGGGUAAAUAGCAUUCCCGUACCUCAACGACAACACACAAUCCCGUUCAACGAUGAGCUGCCGUCUCAGCCUCUUUCUUGGAGCUGGAUUCCUACAGGCCUAGGAGUACUAAGCCAGGUAGCGUUAUUCCGGCUCGCGUUGCAGAUUCUUGGACCAUUGGAGAUUCCAACUACUUUUGGCGGCGAGCCUGUGGUGAAACAUUACACGGGGCUUGUAACCUUGGAUAAGAUCUUGGCACACUUGGUCGCUGUUUUUGGAGUCCCUCUUGCUUCCGGGAACGUUGCGGCAAACUUGCAGUGGAUUUCUUUCACGCCGAUUUUAUUGUCGACUACGCUUGACUGGACUUUGGAGAGCUACCGAGUUGGUUCAAAGGGCCUCCUUACUUCUUUCACCAUCUACCAAGUCAAGGCGGUUGGACGCAUUGCACCUCUAUAUCACUUGAUUUCAGUGUGCGAGGGUGUUUUCGGAGGCCAAAUUGCUCCAAUGACGGACCGCUGGAUUGACAAGGAAGUGGUCGAGUCUUUCGUGCCCGGUAUCACUGUUGGAUACAUCAUACCCACUGCGCUGAUGCUCUGGCCUUUCAAGAACAAGGCAACUUGGCAGAAGUUUACUGGUUUUUGGCAGCCAUUCCCCGUUUACGUUGGUCUCAUUACUGCCGGUCUAUCGACAAUUCUACGCGGACCGAGGGCCAAACCCUCGAAAGAGGAUCCAGGCCGCAGAAAGCAAAAAGCCGAGACUGCCUCACUACUGAGGUCUGUAUAUAUGGCCGGAACCGCCGCUACUGCUCUUGUACAUCUCUAUACACUUUACUGCGCAGCAUCAAGCCCGAAUCUCAGCUCUUAUGGUGUUUUCGGCAGUAUCAGAUACUUAGUAUCUGGUGCGUCUCCGUCUGAUCCAUCAGACAGGAUCCAUGUAUUCCUACAGCGCGACAUGUUCUUGAAUGCUGUUUCUGUUCUUGCCAACAACGUUUACCGAACGCUGGAUCUGAGACGCUUAGGCUACAUCACUAACAAGGAAGCCUUGGCGACUUCUUUAGCAGUGUUGGUUGCGCAACCUGUGCUUGGACCAGCUGCAACUCAUAUUGCGUUUCUUGGAUGGAGGGAGGAGAUGUUUAUGAGGAUCGAUAGACGGAUCAGUGCAUGCAACUAA